CAGACAGUGUUGAAGGGUUACCUUGUUUACCAAACAUGGCUAAGAGAUCAGAUUUUGCUCAGAAGCUGUUAGAUGAUCUUCGGUUGCGAAAGGAGCGGAUGGCUGCCUCUCAAAACACAAAGGGUUCAAAUGCAAUGGUUGCAGAUGCAUAUGCUUACUCCAAGUCAACCUAUAAAUCAUCAAGGGAACCAAAGGCAGUCAAAGCUAGUGGUUUUAGAGCUGGAAGCACACAAAACAGGCCUAGCGGAGGCAAGAAAUCAGUCACCACUGGGCAGACAUCAAAUCAGAUUGUUCCUUUUGGUGGAGGCCAUAAGGCGGAACAAAUGGGAGAUCUGUCAAUGGCCCUGACUUUUGCACUCGAAAAUGGAGGAAAGAUAAGAACGGAGUCUUCCAGAAACAGUUCAAUAUUCAGUUUUCUACAAAACAUUGGUAGGAGACAGAUGGACUAUGGGAAGAUGGAAAGAGGAAACAGAGUAGUAAGUAGGCAUCAGCCUUCAAGUAGCCAACUCCCUACUCUGUCUCAUAUACACAUUGAAGAAAUAUCAAGGGGUGCACAAAAGUUAAAUCAGAUCCUCCGGGCCUGCUCUAAUGGUCUCAACUUUGACAGAUACUCGAUAGAAAUUGGACAGGAGCUGUUGAAAGGAGCAAUGGAUUUGCAAGAGUCUCUAAAGUUGCUUGUCGACAUGCAGGAAGCUUCGGAUUACUUGAUAACACCACAGAGAAAAAGUCGGUUAACAUUGCUAGAGGAGGAUGAAGAUGAUGAUGAGAACACCAUCACAAUAGCUGACCAGAAGCAAUUGAGUAGACCAAGAUUUUCUUUUGAUAGACCCUCAAGAAAGUAUAAUGACAUUCAAGAAGUUGCAAAGACAGAACUUAAGCUGAGGCUGGCAGCUCUUACCUACUCUACAGAUGUUCCUAAUUCCAAACAUGAGAAGAAAGGUUUAGGUGCCUCAAAUUUACGUUCUCACAAGCGAUCAGUUAGCUGUGGUACUGAUGUUAAAACUCUUAGUGUAUUCUCAGAACAAAAUCACUCAAGUUCAUCGCAGUCCAAACAAGAAAAGUCCAGAAUUCCAAAUGUAAUCGCAAGACUAAUGGGGAUUGAAGAACUUCCAGGAAAUGUAGAUUCAAAGGUCAGUACAAAAAAGGAGUCUGGAAAUCAAAAAUUAGAAGGGACAACUACAAAGAAACCUGCGAAGGGGAGUACCAAGAAGGCUGAACAAAGGGAAAAAGAUUCCACAACCUCAGUUCUCCCACCAGCAAAACAGAAGGCAACACUACCCAGCAAGAUUCCACUGGUUCAGGAUACAGUUACAUCACAAGCAGGAAAGACGUUGGCUACUAGAAAUGGUAGCACAAGGGUUGAUGUUCAUGACAAGUUACCACCUCGAAAGGACUUGGAAGAUGUAAAACCAGUGAUAAGCUUGAGAAAAGGCAUGAUUAACGUAGACAAACGACAAAGUGACUCUGCCCAACUAAAUCAUAAUUCUGGAAGUAGAAAAGAAAUUCAGGAGAGAAACCAUGAUAGCAUAAAGCACAGGGAGCAGAAGUACACUGAAAGAAGUGAAAUCAAGGAACCAGUUUUCAAGGAUGAGAUGCAACAGAUGAUACCAUAUAUGCAUAAAAGAUCAGAAUCUACACUUACAUUGCUAGAAAAGCCAGAGUACGGUGAAAGCAUGCUUCAUGGGGAAAAUAGUUCUGCUAACAAGCUUCGUUUAGGCAAUCAACAAAAGCUUCAAAAUAAUCAUGGAUUUCAACAGGUGCACAUGCUCCAGAAAUCUGAGCCUCAAGAGAAAAAGCGUCAACCGGAAGAAAGAGAACAACAAAAACAGAAAUUGCAGGAGAAGAAACAAAAGAGACCUGAAUCGGUAUCUAGCAAUAUCUCCAAACCAAUGUCUGGUGCAACCGAUUUGCAAAAGAAGCAGCUGCAACUGAACCAAGCAGCAACUAGUAGGAAAGGCUCCACCGAACAUACUGAUGCAACACAACUCAAUGGAUUGGUGAAUGGUAGGCACCAAGAAAAUCCAGCCGGUGAGAGGAGUUCAAGAAACUUAAAUUUCAAAAUUAAAGAUUCAUUAAGCAGAAACUCCAGUCAGCAUUCAACUCGAGGAGAUGUAGAAUCUGAAUCAGCAAAAGCUCGCAUCCCGUUUGCUGUGGAUGAGAAACCUGUUCAAGUUCAAACAACAAUAAAUGGGAGAAGAGCAAAAGGGCAUAAACUCGAGGUCCCUCGAAAUAUUGACGAAGCAAAGACCAAAAAGAGUGCAAAUGUUUAUAACAUGCCGAGGACAAUGAAGAAUCAAAGUUCCAAUUUGCAAGAGAGGAAACAGACAAGGCAGGAGAAACCUGCUAUCUCAAGAGAAGCAGAUCAUGAAGCCAGCAGGUUCGAAGAAGCAGAAACACAGAUCAUUAGACCCAACGUGUCAGUAGCAAGCCCAAAAUCAUCACGCGUAGCACAAGAACUGCAGACAGAAGCACAAAAAGAUUCAAUUUUGCAGAGUCGUUUAGAAGAUGAAUGCCAAGGUCAAAAUGAAGAACAAGUUUUAGCUACAAAACAUAGCUGUCAGAAUACAGUGCCAACAUUUACAAAAGAACAGCAAAAUCAAGAACCUGGUUUUGGCAGAGACGAUGAACAUGAGGUUAAAGAUAGUGUAUCUGAUCCACUUCAAGGAACUCGUGAAGAGAGCACAGAAAAUUCUUGCAUCCCACAGCCACAGAAACAAAGAACUUCUAUGGCAAAGAAGCCAGAGCCACUAACAGAAAGUGAAAAUCACCUCAAGCAGAUACUUCUGAAAAGCCAACUAUUUAUGAACACAGCAGAGGCGCUUUUCAAACUCAACAUUCCUAUCAGCAUUCUUCAUUCAAACAGCUACGACCAUCACAUCGACCAAGACAGCAAGCUCGUUUUAGACUGUGGCUACGAAGUAAUGAAAAGGAAAGGAAGAAGGCAGGAACUAAGUGUUCACCCAUUUCUAAAGGUACCCAUCACUUCAAACAAAGCAAAAUCCUUGGAUGAGUUGGUCAAACAAAUGUGCAAGGACUUUGAUAAGUUGAAGUUAUAUGGAAAGGACGGGAGAGAAGAUUCUCCCUUUGAAGACUACCAACCCAAAAUGCUUGAGGCUGAUGUCAACAACAAGGAACCAGAUCUGAAUUGUAUGUGGGACUUGGGUUGGAAUAACGCCAUGUUUGGGUUUCUUGAGAAAGAUGAUGUUAUCAAAGAUGUUGAGAAGUAUGUGCUUAAUGGACUCCUAGAUGAGAUUACCAGAGAACUUUUCACAAGCAUAACUGUCACAGUUUAAUUGUAAAACCAAAAAAAAAAAAAAAAAAAACAAAUUAAGCAUAAUUGCCUGGUUUUGAUGUUUCUGUUUGUAUCACUAAGAAAAAAUUUUCGAUAGCUAUUUCUUUCCCUGUAAAGUACCUAAAUCUGUGAUUCUUAUUUGCAUAUUUCCAGUUUCCAA